UCUUUAUACUCCACAUGUAAUGAAAUUUUUAUAGAUUUUCUUCGAUUUUAUUGAAUUUUACGCUGUUUUUCAAAGUUUUUAUCUAUUUUAAACAAUAAUUUUUAAAUUUGUCGCAAUGAGCUGCUACUCUAUGCUGUUGGAAGCUGUAAAGAGCGAAGAUUUAUCUUUUUUAGAAAGUUUUAUUGAAGAAAGGCAUGAAGAAAUAGAUUUUAAUGAUGCCGAUGAAGAUGGUAUCACCUGCCUUCAUAUUGCUGCAGGACUAGACAACGUCGACAUUUUAAAAUGUCUCAUUAAAAAUGGUGCGUCAAUUCACAGUAGAACAAAUGAUGAACUUACUCCACUACAUAUAGCUGGUAUGUGGGGAAAGGAAAGACAGGUAGAGGUUUUACUGCACCAUGGAGCCAAUCCUUCCAUAUUGGAUUCAUUAAAUUACACAGAGGUAUUAAAUUACACGGAGGAAGAUUUGGUAGAGGAUGAAGAUACGUUUCUUUAUGAAACUGCUAUUGAGGAAAAGGAAGAUCAAAGGAUGCCUUGCAAGUCGCAGACGGAGAGCCUUGAUUCUGUUAUCACUUUGAUAAAAUCACUCAAGAUUGAGGAGAACAAUUGGGAAUGUCCAAGUGAUCUAUUGACAGAGGUUAGUUUAGUCGGCCAUAUGGAGAGUCCCAAUAAAACAUAUGAUGUGGGUGAAGAAAAAAUUCCACAUCAAGAAUUAGAUAGUGCCGUUUUCCCAAGUCCUACGACAAAAAGAAGUGUUCAACUUUUCAUCCCAAAUAAUAAAGAAGAAAAAGAACAGGAUCAUGGCUCAAAACUUGCUCCCACGUGGCCUUCGAACCCAUUUAAAACGCCACGUGGAGAAUCUUCGGAAGGGACAAACACCAAUAGCAUGAUCGAGAAGUCUGCAAACGAAGGAAAUUAUACGGACGAAACGAUCUCCUAUCAAUGGAAGGAGACGACAAUCGAUCAAAGAAACGAAACAAUGGCUAUAAUUCCUAACACGUACAAAACAAUUUCGUGUAUGGAAUUACGGAGACGGAUCAAAGAGCACGGUCAUGUUUCCGGGCCUAUCACUCAACACACAAGAUUAUUGUACGUAAAGAAACUGUGGAAACUUGAUCAAGGCAUCGGUAAACGCGAUAAGAAGGUCACAUCUCCGUGUAUUUCUUAUCCUUUUCAAACAAGGAUGGUGAUGGAAGGAAGAUGUGAAAUUCCAAAUUGCAUUCAGCAAGAGCAAGAUAUGGUCAAUGAGUUUAGCAUGCCUACCAAAAAAACUCAAUGGAGGGGAGGUAAUGAAAAAUCGUCGUUUAACUAUCUGCUCCUCGAUCCACGUGUCACGCUCGACCUUCCUUUGCGUAGCAAGAAACUUUCAACAGUCGAGGCUUUCCGAUGUUUCAUCUUGUCGAUAUUUUAUGUGGGGAAAGGAAAACGCUCAAGGCCAUAUGCUCAUCUACAUGAAGCUCUCAAGUACACCAAGUCCAAGGCGAACAAAAAACUUGAGCAAAUAUGGGACAUCUGGAACGAUGGACUUGGUGUUAUCUCUCUUCAUAUGUUUCAAAGUGCUAUACCAGUGGAAUCUUUCACACGUGAAGCAUGCAUGGUUGAUGCAUUGGGGCUUAGCCAGUUAACCAAUCAAAAGAGAGGAGAGUAUUACGGACUAUGUGCAAAUCUUGAUGUACAAAAGAAAAGGAAAAUGGGUAUUUUUCUUCUUAAUAAAGCUUAUCAAAUAUUUCUACAAGAGGGAGAGAGGCAGAUCUCAAUGGAGGAUUUAUGAAAGGAAAGUCCGUUCUCAUGUGUAUUGUUCAGUUCGUAAUUCGAUGGGAUAAAAGAGUUCACCGGCACGAGCAAGACGUUUGAGUACAUUAUAGGAUCUUAAAACGAUAUUGAAUAUACCUGGCUAUUUUUCAAGGUAAAUGUAGUAAUGUUGAAUGCAUCCAUUUUCUGCAUUUCCUCAGUCUUGACCUGCAUAUGCCCAUGUAUGGCCAACGAGUUCUUCUGGUUCAUCCAAUAGUUGUGAUAGUCCGCCUACGAUCGUACGCCGUCAAGAAAUUUAGGAAAAUAAUAUAGCUUUUGAGGCCGUAUUUUCACCGCUUACCGUAUUUUUUUCGUCGUUAUUCACCAUAACAAUGACUUCAACAUCAUGUUGCCAAACCAUUGACCAGAAAUCUCUCAUUGUGUUGGAUAAUGGAUGUUGUGUAGCGAUGAAGGCUUUAUUGCCUUGGUGGUCCUGCAGGGAAGAAGGGUUGAUAACAUAUGAUAAAGAUAUACAGAACAAAGUAACAUGGAUCCGCAAAAUAUUCCCAAUUGCUAAUCACAGUUGGAAAAGCUUCUGGUACGCGCGUGUGGUAACCCGUAAGGCUAGUUUCCCUUAAAUGCGGUUUGUGAAGAAGGUUCAAAGUGGAGCACUUAAAUGAAUCACCUGCUUAUUCGAAAAAAUAUAUUACAUGAUUUAUGUAACAAAGUAAGUGACGUCACACGUCAUUUUCAGGAAGGUUUUCUAUAUCCAACUCGAAGGAAUGUUGAACUCUUUAUUACUUUUGAACUGCCAUGUAAUUUCCUAAGUAAUAUUUGGUUUUUUGCAUUGACAUAAAACCGAAAUAUUUGCAUUGUGUGAGGAAAUUGGUAUUUUAGCCAUUCCGGUAUUCGGGAGCCGAGAAAAGGUUAGCUAAUAUUAACUUCAAAACAUUCAGAAAUUGCUUUUUUUUUUCGUUGAAAACCUCAUGUAAAACAUGCUGUCAAUUUAGACUACUCCAUUGAAAGUGUUUGCAUCUAAAGGUAUCUUGUCAUGAGUUGUCUCUUUUAAAGGUAUCUGUGCUGUUUAUGGAAAUCAGCCAUAAAUUUCAUAAAAAUGUGACCUGCUUGAUGAACGUUGUUAAGUAAAAAGUCUUCUCAUACAGAAGUGGUCAAACUUUGAUAAAUCUAUAUCUUACUUUGAUUGAUGAACGUUGUUAUGUAAAAAGUCUUCUCAUACAGAAGUGGUCUAACUUUGAUAAAUCUAUAUCUUACUUUGAUUGAUGAACGUUGUUAUGUAAAAAGUCCUCUCAUACAGAAGUGGUCUAACUUUGAUAAAUUUAUAUCUUACUUUGAUUGAUGAACGUUGUUAUGUACAAAGUCCUCUUAUACAGAAGUGGUCUAACUUUGAAAAUCUAUAUCUUACUUUGAUUGAUGAACGUUGUUAUGUAAAAAGUCUUCUCAUACAGAAGUGGUCUAACUUUGAUAAAUUUAUAUCUUACUUUGAUUGAUGAACGUUGUUAUGUAAAAAGUCUUCUCAUACAGAAGUGGUCUAACUUUGAUAAAUCUAUAUCUUACUUUGAUUGAUGAACGUUGUUAUGUAAAAAGUCUUCUCAUACAGAAGUGGUCUAACUUUGAUAAAUCUAUAUCUUACUUUGAUUGAUGAACGUUGUUAUGUACAAAGUCCUCUCAUACAGAAGUGGUCUAACUUUGAUAAAUCUAUAUCUUACUUUGAUUGAUGAACGUUGUUAUGUAAAAAGUCUUCUCAUACAGAAGUGGUCUAACUUUGAUAAAUCUAUAUCUUACUU